AUGAGUGACCCAAGCCCACAGUCCGAGUCGCAGGAGGCACCUUCUGCAGCUGCGGCGUCGCAGACAUCCAACGAUCAACCCGCCACAAACAGCGCGCCGGCGAGCCAAACUCCAGGCCAUCCCAGCUUCAGAAGGCAGCGCGCAUCUCGAGCGUGUGAAACAUGUCACGCCCGCAAAGUGCGAUGCGACGCAGCAUCUCUCGGGGUCCCAUGCACGAAUUGUGUUGCCUUUUCUAUCGAAUGUCGAAUUCCCAUUCCCAAGCGGAAAAGGGCCAGUGCCGCCCGAGCCAAAGAUGACGAGAGUGAGGCCGGCGACUCACAGCAGGCGGGCACGCCCACGGACCCUCGCCUAACGCGCCCAACACAACCAAAGCCUACUGUUGGCUACAAUUCGCCUGAUGGCAUCCCCUCGACACAGAUGUCGGAGGCGCAAGCCGCACAACAAGCUGCGAACAACAGCACCAUGGCUCAGUUCAUGAAGCCCAAAUUCGCCCGAGCGCCCAUUAAAGAAGCCGGUCGAGUAGCCUACUUGGGGGAGUCGUCAAACCUAUCAUUACUGGUCCAUGAUCGGCAUGGUACCACUGACGUGGUUCACUACCCCUUGCCUGAGAACAUCAGAGGCGCUCGCGCUCGCCUAACGGAGCCGGACCAGAUGGAAAUAGAGAUCCUCCAGCAAAGGGGGGCAUUCCUGCUUCCACCCCGUGCGUUGUGUGAUGAGCUUGUCGACGCUUACUUUCGAUGGGUCGCUCCUAUUGUGCCAGUCAUCAAUCGAAGCCGGUUUAUGAAGAGAUACAAGGAUACAAAGAACCCGCCGUCGUUGCUGCUGCUGCAGGCCAUCUUGCUGGCUGGUUCCAGGGUCUGCACUAAUCCGCAACUGAUGGACGCCACUGGCUCGACUACGCCGGCAGCAAUGACUUUUUACAAACGCGCCAAGGCCCUGUAUGAUGCAAACUAUGAAGAUGAUCGCAUUACCAUUGUCCAGGCUUUGAUAUUGAUGGGCUGGUACUGGGAGGGCCCCGAAGCAGAUGUGACAAAGAAUGUAUUUUACUGGACCAGGGUGGCCAUUGUAGUUGCCCAAGGUGCGGGCAUGCAUCGAAGUGUGGAAAGUUCCCAGUUGAGUAGGCAAGACAAGCGACUAUGGAAGAGAGUAUGGUGGUCGCUUUUCACGAGAGAUCGAUCUGUAGCGGUGGCCCUGGGCCGACCCGUUUCCAUCAACACGGACGAUUCAGACGUCGAGAUGAUCACAGAGGAAGACUUUAUCGAAGACGAGGGAGACCCGAACCAUGACUAUCAGGCCGAUCCAGUGCACAUCCAGUUCUUCUUACAGUAUGUCAAACUUUGCGAGAUCAUGGGUCUCGUGCUUUCCCAGCAAUACUCGGUGGCCUCCAAAGCUCGUCGAACCAACGCGAUCGAUCUGACUCACAGCGACAUGGCGUUGGCGGACUGGUUGCAGAAUUGCCCUCGCGAGGUUUACUGGGAACGCUCACGCCAUCAUUUCUGGUCGGCACUUCUGCAUUCCAACUACUAUACCACCUUGUGCUUGCUGCACCGAGCCCAUAUGCCGCCGGCAACGGCAAAACCCCACGACUAUGAAAAUGUUGACAUGGCUUAUCCGUCGAGGACAAUCGCUUUCCAAGCUGCCGGAAUGAUAACCUCAAUUAUGGAAAACCUCCUUGCUCACGACCAAGUCAAGUACACGCCUGCGUUCAUCGUGUAUAGUUUAUUCUCCGCACUCAUUAUGCAUGUCUAUCAAAUGCGAUCUUCGGUACCAUCUGUUGUGGCUGCGAGUCAGGAGCGCAUCAACGUAUGCAUGAACGCGUUGAAGGAGGUGUCGAAAGUGUGGCUUGUUGCCAAAAUGGUCCACACUCUUUUCGAGUCCAUUCUCGGCAACAAGGUGCUGGAGGAGAGGCUCCAGAAGGCCACAGGGAAGAAGGCUCAAAGGGCCAAAAUCAACCAACGCGAUCAAGGUCAAAACCAAGCCAAUGGCAAUUCGAACGGGAUGGCAAGCGCCACACCUAUCCCCGCGCCGCCGCCAGCACCGCCGGCGAAUCCAGCCAAACGUAAGUUCGACGACAUCGACCUUGCAUUCAAUGUUGGACCACCAGCCCCUCAAAUGUCGUAUGAGCGGUCCCGGCCUCAAACACCUGCCGUGACACCCUCUCGCGAGAUACCUCAACCACAGCAGCACAACUAUUUGGGCUCACCUCCACUGCAGAACGAACAAUAUCUACCCCCAUCCCGGUCUCGAGGCGCAUCACGGUUGCCAUCGCGAGGGCCUACGCGGGCCAACUCCCCGUUCAAUGGGUAUUCGAUCCCUGCGACGCCGCCAGACUUGUUCCUAGUCACCAGAGACUCGCCAAACAUUUCACAGCAACUCUGGGAGAACUUCCAGCCGGAUCAGCUAUUCCCUGAUGGCACGAUUGGGGAUGUUGUAGGGUUCAGCACAAGUCCCGUCCUGAAUCAUGCGGUGGAUCCUCAACUACAGCAACUGCAGGGACAGCAAACCGGUAUGGCAGGAGGCGGGCAACCAAUUCCACAUAUAGAUAUAUCAGGGCAAGGACAGCAGCCUCAAGUAUGGCCUCCCGGAAUGCAAGGGAUGAUGGGAGCAGGCAUGGAACUCCCUGACAGUGACGGAUGGUCGACGAGCUCACUCGGAAACGCCCCUGUAGCGCCAACGACGCUCAACGUGGAGGAUUGGUUCCAAUUUUUUGGGAUCAAUGGCGAGAUGGCAGGCAUGAGCAUGGACGGGACGUAA